AUGUCCUUGAUAUCUGCUGCCAAUUUCAAGACAAAAUAUGACUAUUCGGCGGAUAUCGAAGUUAUGAAAGGUUUCUUGACGAAGACCAAGGGACGUUCCAUUUCCGCGAGUGAUCUACUCGACGAGAAUGAAGAGGGUGCGGAGCUUGAUACUCACAAUGAAGAUUUCGACGUCGAAAUGGAUGAUGAAGAUGGCGGUUCCAACCAAAGGCUGAGAUACGUUGAACAGAUGCAACUUGUGGCUGAUCGAGAACAAUCGAAAUUCGUCAUUGAUCUCGAAGACCUGCGUAGAUCACGCGACCCGGAGCAGCUCCGAUUAUUGGAGAACAUCUCACAAAACACACUACGAUACGUCCAACUGUUCUAUCGGGUGAUUGACGAAUUGCUUCCCGAACCAACGGAUCCCAUCAGUCUCAGAAACAAAUACGACGUUUUGGAUGUGAUUAUGCAUCAACGACGUGAGAAGAAUCUUAUGAAUGACGAAGCUGGCGAGGCCACUUUCCCCCCCAUUCUAACCCGAAGAUACAACCUCUAUUUCCGAGCCCCGCGAUCCUCCACUACCUUGGCCGUUAGACAAGUCAAGGCUGUGCAUUUGGGCAAAUUAAUAUCAAUCCGAGGAAUAGUCACUAGAGUCUCGGAGGUCAAACCAUUACUGCUGGUCAACGCAUUUUCGUGUGAUGCAUGCGGUUCGGAAAUUUUUCAAGAGGUCGAAAGUAGAAACUUGACACCAUUGACUGAAUGUCCCUCGGAAGAAUGCGUCAAAAACGGAACCAAGGGCAAUCUAGUCAUGCAAACUCGUGCCUGUAAAUUCGAACCCUUUCAAGAAGUUAAACUCCAAGAGAUGGCGGACCAAGUUCCAGUUGGGCACAUACCUCGUUCCAUGACUUUGCAUUUAUAUGGUCCAUUGGUCCGGUCUAAUUCUCCAGGAGAUGUCGUCAAUGUGACUGGGAUAUUCAUUCCAACGCCUUAUCAAGGAUUCAAAGGUGUUAGAGCCGGUCUACUGACUGACACCUAUCUAGAAUGUCACCACAUUUCUCAGCUCCGCAAAUCGUACGAAUCUCUCGAAAUCACACCCGAGAUUAUUAGUGAGAUCGAAGAGAUGGCUAAUAAUGAGCACAACUUUUACGACCGUCUGGCCAACUCAAUUGCCCCUGAAAUCUAUGGGCACCAGGAUGUCAAGAAAAUAUUGCUUCUGCUUCUCAUAGGUGGUGUUUCAAAAGAAGUUGGCGAUGGUAUGAAAAUUCGUGGUGAUAUCAAUGUUUGCCUCAUGGGUGAUCCCGGAGUGGCUAAAUCCCAGCUGUUAAAAUACAUCAGUAAAGUAGCCCCUCGUGGUGUCUACACGACUGGUCGAGGAUCUUCGGGGGUUGGUCUUACCGCCGCUGUUAUGCGGGAUCCAGUCACAGAUGAGAUGGUGCUUGAGGGCGGAGCACUAGUACUAGCGGACAACGGGAUAUGUUGCAUUGACGAGUUUGACAAAAUGGACGAGUCCGACCGGACAGCAAUUCACGAAGUGAUGGAGCAACAAACUAUUUCGAUCUCAAAAGCUGGGAUCACGACCACCCUCAACGCUCGUACUUCUAUACUGGCCGCCGCCAACCCGUUGUACGGUCGAUACAAUCCCAGGAUCAGUCCGGUCGACAACAUCAAUCUACCGGCUGCUUUGCUUAGUCGAUUUGAUAUCAUGUUUUUGAUGUUGGACAAGCCCAGACGAGAGGAUGAUGAAAGACUGGCACAGCAUGUGACACAUGUACACAUGCACAGUGCUCAUCCCGUCAUCGACCCCCCACCAAUUUCACCAUCUUUACUCAGGAGUUACAUCGCUCUGGCCCGGAAAAAACGACCGACCGUUCCACAACAGAUUUCUGAAUACAUCAUAUCGGCCUAUGUCAAUCUGCGAAAGCAUCACCAAAAGGAAGAAGCAAGUGGAAGGUCAUUCACCUACACCUCUGCGCGAACCUUAUUGAGUGUCAUUCGACUUUCCCAAGCUCUUGCCCGAAUGCGAAACUCGAAUGAGGUGGCGAGAGAAGAUGUUGACGAGGGUUUGCGGCUGAUGGAAGUCUCGAAAGCCAGUUUGGAUCAGGAUCCGGACGAAGACAUGGAAGUGGGUGCAAAUCGAGACGUGACCGAUGUCAGUAAAAUCUACCGGAUCAUUCGGGAAAUGACCACCAGUGGGUCUGGCAGAAAAGAUCCAUCUUCUGCAAGACUUGGUGGAAGGGUCGGCCGUGGCAGACACAAUCAAGCCGCAAAUGACAGCGACGAUGAAGGAGGAUUCAAACCUAUUCAGAACAUGCGAGAGAUUCGUGAACGGGUCUUCGCAAAAGGUUUCACCGAAGAGCGACUACUUGCUUGUAUCAACGAGUACGAACAAUUGGAUGUCUGGACACGCGAGAAUAAUGAUAGUGAACUCCGGUUUUUGGAUAAUGGAGCCGCUUGA